ACUCGAUGCAAAUUUGGACUCCUUCAAAAAAAAAAAAAAUGCAAAUUUGGACGAUUUUACUUCUGUCCACAAUUAACCUGUAUCCCAAAUAAGACCCACCGCCGAAACCCAGCAAACUAUGCAAUCAGAGGAUUGCCGCCGCAACCCACUGCCAUCCCAAAAACCCUCCGCCACCAGACCAGAAACAAGCCGCCGAAACCCACUCCCCGUUUGCUGCCGUGACCCAUUCCCUUUGCCCAAAUCUAGCUCUUGGCGGCUUCUUCUUCUUGUCGUUCUCUCGCUUCUUUGACAAACGCAAUCCUAGCUGCCUCAAUCCCUUCCUAGCGGCAGGCUGCGUUUUCACUCUGCUUCUUUCUCUUUGAAACACACAAGGAAACAGCGCUGGGGAAGGUGAGAUACACUGCGGCCGCUGAAUCAGGGAUGCUGGCACCGCCCUUAGCCUCACUCUCGCCAUCUCCGCGCUCCUCCUCGUCUCUUCUUCUCGGCGGUGAACGGAGGAAAAGUUGGGAAGAUCGACUACACCGAGAUUGCAGGAUGAUGGGGGGAUCAUACGUAAAGACCCGGAUCGGCGAAGCGACGCCCGUCGAUGAUUCAAACACGGUGAAGGUGAUGAGAGAUGGGAAGAUUGUGCAAUCUGGGAAGUACGACGAGCUGCUGGGAUUAGGGACGGAUAUUGAGACACUGGUAGCUGCUCAUGACACUGCCAUGGAACUCGUGGAAGCUGGUAACAAUAACUCACAUGGUAGUGAAGAAAAUGGCCCCAAAUCGCCAGGAGGAGCCCCUUUCAGCCCUGGAAGAGAAGCAGCAAACGGCAGUAGCGACAACAAGUUUCUGUUGAUGUAUGUUGCCGUUUUACUUGGGGGGCAUCUGCUGGCUACAAAAUUAUCUGCAAAGGGAUUCUAGACGACCUUGAUCACUGGUUCUACAGCCUUAACUAUGAUUUAUCAAGUGACCAUGGAAUGUAAACCUUGUGAUUUGAUCUUAGUUUUCUUCUUCCCGUUUUGAUGUGUGGUCCUACUUGCUCGUUGUGAUUGAAUAUGGAAAAAUAGGAUUGGCAAUGCUGGCCACCUGUGUAACUUUCUUAGUUGUAGUACAUUCUGUGUAACUUACUUUGUCUUCUCUCUUCUCGGCUCCUUGGGUUGUGAUCCUUCCCCUGAAAUUAUCCCUUUCUUCCAACAGAACUCAUUACUCAACUGACCCUUCAUCCCUCCACUACCUUCUUCCUAUUCUCUGUACAUAAAAUACAUGAUUUGACCGUGAACUUCCCACUCUCAUUUCAUGUCCAGCACAUGUUAUGUAGAGAAUUUGAGGGUCAAUGACAAAAAUUGCUUGCUAUUCUUCUUUUGUAAAUAUCAGCUCCAGUAAGUCUCUUCUCCAAACUCUUGCUUGGCUUUCUGUUGACUACUUAUGCAAUUGAGCAUUGAAUGAUAACUAAAUACUGUGGACAUGUAGCUGCAGAUCUACUAUCUCAGGUGCGUGGUUUUCCCUUCAGGAUCUUCCACUAUUGAGGGACAGGGCGUAAUGGCAUUGGUAGUAUUAUGUAGGAGUGAACGCGAACGAUAUUUUGAUGUGGUGUGAUGUUCAGGCUGAGCAUAGCCCUGAUAGUUAGGUUAUGGCUGCAGUUGUUGUGUCGGGGAUGGCUUCAACAUGAAAGCUAUUGAAGAGGAAACAGUAGGCAGUGCCAAGGACUUAUCAGAGGAGACUAUGCGUAUAUGUCUCUUAAGAUUUGAGCCACGAUGAGAUCGUAUGUGCGAGUGUUCUCAUUUGUAGAUUCCAUUAUAGACUUGUUGGUUAGAGACAAUCAAGCAUAUGCAACCCUUGAUUGCACCACAACUCAGUUUGUUUCGUUGUAACGAUUUAGAAUACUGGUUUGGUGUCGUUUAAU